AUGUUGCUUGACAAUCUUGAUCGAACUGAAUAUCUCGGCAAUACUCCAUCACAAGAUGUACCAAUACUUACAUUAAUUUUUCUUUCAACAAUUGCUCAUAGUUUAUUAUAUUAUUUUCUUCCGUCAUCAUGGACACCAUCAAUUAAAAGUUACGUCGUUUCAACAUUUCAUGCAGCUAUAUGUGUUUUAAGUGUUAUGAAUUUUUUUGUACGUUAUUCAGUUAAUUUAAAACAAAUUAAUCGAAUAGCUGGUGGAGGAAUUUAUGGAACUGGUGAUGAAAUUAUGACUUAUAGUAUCUGUUAUUCCUUUGGUUAUUUUAUAUAUGAUUUAUUACUAAUGUUAUCUGAUAAAUCAUUAAGAACAAAAUCAGCAUUGAUUCAUCAUAUAAUAGUUCUCGUAGGAUUCUUUUCAGGUAUAAUGAAUGGAAUCUGUCAUUCGUGUCAUUUCUAUUUACUUGGUGAAGAAUUUUCAACAAUUUCAUUAAAUUUGAAAGCAAUAUAUCAAACUCGACCACGUUUACAUAAAAUCUUUGGUUAUUUAUUUGUCAUUAGUUUUGUUUGUUGUCGUCUUAUUUAUGGAUCAAUUAUAUGUGGAUAUGCUUUUCGAGCUGCACCUCAAUUUAUUCGAAUGGCAUCUAGUGUUGGUGAUAUAAAAAGUGUUAUUAUUGGUUUAUCACAAGCUGAUCGAUCCAUACAUGGAAUUUUAGGCUGA